AUUGUGCAGAGCAGAGCCCUGCAGCCACCCAGCUCCAGCCCCGCUCGCCGUGCCAACGUCCCGCAGCAGCAUGAAGGGCUCCGCAGCCGCCCUGGCCACUCUGCUCCUCCUGGCCCUCUGCUCCUCAGCUGUGGCACAACUGGAUGGCCUACCCUCAACCUGCUGCUUGUCCUACGUUCAACGUCCCGUCCCACGCAGCCUCAUUGCCUCCGCCUACAUCACCAGCAGCAAAUGCCGCCUGCCAGCGGUGAUCCUGGUGACCAAGAAAGGGAAGGAGAUAUGUGUAAACCCCGAGGAGUCCUGGGUGCAGAAACGCCUGGAACUCUUGCAGAAGCAAGAAAACUGACCCUCCCCUGCUCUCGCGCCACUGGACUUGGUCCUCAGCACCACUCACGCACCAGAGCACUUGAGCUGGAUCAUCUUCAAUAGGGAAUUUAUUCUAUUUAACUUAUUUAAGUUAAAUUAAAUAUUUAUUUCUGUGAAAAUGAAAAAUACAAAAAUAAUUUAAAACAUAUCACUACAUAAGAAUCUGAUAUGGUCUUACUUGUUCUGAUACCUAAAUACAUUUUUUGAACUAUCAAA